AUGCAGCCGUAUACCAGAAACUGGACCCAGGUAACAGAGUUUGUCAUGGUGGGCUUUGCCGGGGUGCAUGAAGCACGCUUCCUCUUCUUCACACUCUUCCUCACCAUGUACCUGUUCACACUGGUGGAGAACUUGGCCAUCAUCUUAGUGGUGGGCUUGGACCACCAGCUGCGGAGACCCAUGUAUUUCUUCCUGACGCACCUGUCCUGCCUUGAAAUCUGGUAUACCUCCAUCACAGUGCCCAAGAUGCUGGCUGGUUUUAUUGGGGUGGGUGGGGGAAAGAAUAUCUCCUAUGCUGGCUGCCUAUCCCAGCUCUUCAUUUUCACCUUCCUUGGGGCAACUGAGUGUUUCCUACUGGCUGCCAUGGCCUAUGACCGCUAUGUGGCCAUUUGCAUGCCUCUGCACUACGGAGCCUUGGUGUCCUGGGGCACCUGCAUCCGUCUGGCGGCUGCUUGUUGGCUGGCAGGCUUCCUCACACCCAUUUUGCCCAUCUACCUCAUGUCUCAACUGAUAUUUUGCGGCCCAAAUGUCAUCGACCACUUCUUCUGUGAUGCCUCACCCCUGCUAGCCUUGUCCUGCUCAGACGUCACCCUGAAGGAGACUGUGGAUUUCCUGGUGUCCCUGGCUGUGCUCUUGGCCUCCUCCGCAGUCAUUGGUGUGUCCUAUGGCAACAUUGUCUGGACGCUGCUGCAUAUCCGCUCGGCUGUCGAGCGCCGGAAGGCUUUCUCCACCUGUGCUGCUCACCUGAUGGUGGUAGGCCUCUUUUAUGGCACUCUGUUCUUCAUAUAUGUCAGGACCAAGGUGGCCUCCUCCAUCAACUUUAACAAAGUGGUGUCCGUCUUCUACUCCAUUGUCACACCCAUGCUCAACCCCCUCAUCUACAGUCUUCGGAACAAGGAGGUGAAGGGAGCUCUGGGUAAAGUCUUUUCUUUCAAGUCUUGGAAGGGAUGGUGA